AUGCGUUUCUCUCUGCCCGUGUGGCGUCGUAUACGACACGAUUUCCUCCCCGUCUACAUCAAGAAGCAGUGGAGGGAACACGGUUCCCUGAUGGUGGCGAAGCGGGUUCGUGUGCCGAGACGCAUCAUCGAUGAUCCGAAGAUAGCCGAGGUGGCAGCCCAGGCUGAGGACACCUUCGCUUCCACACGCUACCGUGAUGAUCUGACGCGCGAGAUCGAAAUCGGCGCGACGCCCGAGGAGCGGGCGGCUUGGGAGCGUCAGCGGGCGGAGCGUCUGGCCGCCUUCUGUGGCGACGCCCUCGACCCGCCCGAGUUGCCACCAAGUCUUAUCUUUGAACCCACGAGACUCUUUUGCAGGGACAUUGCGCAAGUUGGCAUGCUGACGAAUACCGUUGUCCGCCACGGCCCCCCUCCGGCUGUCCAGUCCCUCUACGAGGAGGUCGCUGAGGCGUGCGAAUCCGCCCCCGACAACACCUCACUCGUCUCCUCUCUUGAGCGCUCCAUUCUACACGCCCACCUCUGGCACACUGACGAGGACAAACUACCCAAACGCUACAACCCCGAUCUGAUCAUCUGGAAGUUCAAAACCGAGUACGGCAUCCACCCGACCAAUGUCGCUCGCUACCUCUUGCAGAACCUAUUUCGUAUCUGCGAACUCCAGUCGUCCAGAAUGCACCUAACUCCAGCCAGUGAUGCGCAGACGGGCAUGCCCGCGCGUUGGUUGCUGCGUGAUCGCCUUGUGGAGACGUCCUUUUUGUGGGGAGACGAACGCCGGCGAGUGCAAUUCAGCCAGCGAAACGACCUCGUCCUCUUGUCACCGCGUCCCACGCCUCUCUUCGAGCAGGCGACGCGCGCCAUCACCAACGAGGACGUGCAGACUAUGGAGGAGUACAAGGGGCACAUGCACCUCCUAUCGCCGCUCAUCGACCUAACGUCCACGCGCUGCUACAGGCAGGACAGUAGUGACGGUAUUCUGACGAGUACUUAUCCGCACCCUCAACUCAUCACCGUGAACGUCGCCCUUCCCAACACCUGGUCCGACUUCACGGCUCCGGAGAAAGAUCGGAUCACGGUGUCUCAGCGACAGGCUAUUGGACUGAUGCACUGCUACGCCUCUUGCAUCGCUACCGCCAAGCGUCUCUUCGGAGACGACUGCCACAACACCGAACUCCCCGAGCCAAUAUCUGUCGAGGCGGUUUGCACGGAUGGUGUCUUUUUUGACUUCAUCGCCUUCCAACUGAACACGCUGGAGGCUCCUAAUUGGGCCACAGGCAGCCCAACAACGACCGUGAACGUUGCUUGGCUAGAUGGCAACCAUGAACUAGUUCGGAAGCGUUACCCCAAGCGCAGCAUGCUGCGGAACACCAAGUACACUGACCUCGAUAUGCACGUAUUCUACAGGCUAUUCGCACGAUACCUCUAUGGAAUACACAAGACUGUAGCGAAGGAAAUGGGUACAAGCAAGUAG